AGCUCCUUUAAAGAAAAGAAUUUCUCCUCCUUCCUCUCCUUUCCUUUUACACGUGUGCUUUACUGUGCCUUCACUUGUAUGUAAUCCACGGCUAUGUGCGCUCCAUCAAGAGAAUAGACACCCCCCACACCCAUAGACUUUCCCAAACAUGAACGUACGCCAGAAGCGUGAGGGCGUGGAGCAGGUAUUUGCCGACGAUCGCGUCGUACUGAUUAUGCAAGAGGCUCUCCAGCAGCGCUAUUCUUCUCCACCUGGUGCCAAUGAUAAAGACGCAAGCUCUUCUACGACCGGUCGGUUCGAUCAAAACCAGAGCUCUACACCUUCGUCGUCCCCCACAACCACUAACGAAGUCACAGACUCUUUAAAACAGCGACUCCGCAUCCCAUUCCACUACACGCUGCGCCGUCACUCCCGCACUGCGCACUUUCUGUUCGAUUCGCCGGCAUUCCGUUCGUGCUUGCACCACGACGAGGCGGCAUCUGCCACUGCUCCGAGAAGCUUCCGUUCACGGUGGUGGUGCGAGGCGGAGGCGUACGUCGCACAGGCCGUCGUUGCGGAGUGCCUGCGCCACCUUAGCUUUCUCUCCUUAAUGCAGGUAGACCUGCGGAACGCGUGUGGCUUGCCGGACGCGACAUUCAGUGUUCGCGGGGACGCAGAUCACACCCCUACCGCCGUAACUUCACCGCUGGCCACCUGGCAGGAGUACUUUGAGCUGCCCCCACGCUGGGUGAUGCAGGGCCUCGGCGCGGUGGAUCAACACGUCCUGUCGAGCGCGGCUGCGUGGCGGGUGCGUCGCGGUGUCACUCCACUAGACGUCGGCGCCACAGUCGUGAAGCGCGACCACUCCGCAUCGACGACGACCCCCGCAACGGCAGCGUUGACUGCAGAAGCAACGGAGCAGCUUUCCGUGGCCGCGGCUCGUCACCACUACCGCGUCGUUGCCACGGCCUCCAUGGCACGAGGGGCGUACUGGGUCGAUGUCGCACCUGUGGAUCCCUCGGCGACCGCAGCGGUGUGUGUGGAGCGGGUAGAUCGCGAGACGUUGUGGCUCGACCCGCCGGUGCCCCUGCACGUGGAUCCGCUGCUGCCGUGCGACGAGCUCUACUCCGAUCGCGGCGUGAGUACUGGGAUUUAUGUCUUCUUCUUGCGUGCGUUGCAGCAGCAGCAACAGCAGAAGAAGCGGCGCACAACGCCGUCAGGAAAGAAAAUCCAUGUCGACUCAAAUCGACAGCAAAGCACCUUUCCCUCCAGCGGCAGCAACGAACCGAAGGACUUGCCUGCCGUGGCGGCUGACGUGUCCCUCCGCCUUGCACGCUGUGCCCGGCAGCGUCGAGCUGAGCUUGCCGACAGUCUUCAACGCCUCUCGUCUGAUGCUAGGAACUCCGCAACACUGAGCAACGGCGGUGCACCGCGUGGGCAACCUUCUAUUACACCGGUGGUGCCCGCACUGCUGCUGCUGCUGCAGGUACGCGUGGAUGUUGCGCGUGGGUGUUUGCAGCUGCGUGUGCGGGAAAUGGAGAGCGCUUCGCCAGACCUUUCCGUGCACCCUGCCCGGGAAGGCGCUGCAACCGCCUCCGCAGAUCGCAAACGACCGCGUGGCGACGCGGACACCAACAUGGACGCACAAGUGGACAGAGAGGUGAAGCUGCCGGCGCGGGUCUCGUCACCGACGGUGGCGGUUCUGCUGCGCUCUGCACGCAAGCUGGCGGCGUUGUACGACACGACGCGUGCCGCAUCGCUGGCACCGCCGCCGCAGGAUGAAGAAAAGAAGAUCGAUACACCGUGCAGCCACGAGCACCAAGAUACGCACGACUGGGAGGUGGAUUCUCCUCCUCCCCAUCUCUGCGAGGGUGCAUCCGUUCCUUCCUCGGUAGCUAGUAGUGUGCUGGAGGACUUGAUAAAGCGAGCAGAAGUGGAGGCUGCUGCUUCUGCUCCCCCUGGCACGUGGCACAACUUGGUGCUGGGGAGGGCCGACGCGUCUCUUUCCUUCGCGGAAAGACCGAGCUCCAUCGUCACCACCUUCGGCUCGGCAGAGAAGGCGUUUCUGGCCCGGCUCUUCACACUGCUCCUGCGCUACCGCAGCCUUUUCGGUGAGCAAGGCUACAAUCAAGGCCCUCAAGCUGCCGUCCCGCCGCCCAUCAUGGACAAACUAGCCCGCACCUUUCACAUCCGCGCCGAGGCCUUUGCAUCGCCGUUAAACGCGCAGCUGCCGCAGUUCGGCUCCUUGUUCCCCGACACGGACGCGUUCUUUGGCAGCAUGGGCUCCUUCUUCGAUUUGAUGCUGGGCAGAGGCGCCGCCUCUUCCGAAGGUGAUGCACACGGCAGCACCACAGCAGCACCGGUCAUAGAUGAUCCUUCUUGUGACGAGUGCCAUGUGGAGGUGAAUCCACCCUUCGACACAACGCUGCUGCGACGCAUGGAGGAGCACCUUCUCACCUGCCUGAAAAAAGCAGCGUCGUCGACACAAAGUCUCCUCUUUUUAAUUGUGUUGCCGAGCCACGACCUCGAUGACCGCGAGGCGAAGACGAGACAAGCGAGUGGGGCAGGGAGCCCUGCGCUUUCCUACGCAGCGGGGCACCGCAUUGCGGCUUCCGCGGUCGAUGCACCCAACUCGAAAGCCAGCGCGUCUUCUCCGCUUUCUAGUGCGGCUGCCCCUCUGAGCACCGAUCGGUCGCUGCGCGAGAGUCCGUACUGCUUAGCGCACGUGUUGUGUGAUGCGGCGGACUCCGUCUACGUGGACGGACACCAGCACCUGCUGGUGAGUCCCUUCUUUUGUAUUGGGACGCCGACACGGCUGAUUCUACUGGGGAAUCGUGCGGCGCGGGUGCGAUUUCCGUCUGCGGCGGCGCAGCUGGACGAGGUGCGACUGUCGUGGAAGAGGUUAACCGAGGGCGCCAUGAAGCGGUGA